AUGGAUGCUCUCAUUUGGAACAUCAGGUCAGUAAACACUCAGCAAGCCUUUGAAAGGCUGAUCAAAAUGCAUAGAAAGAACAAUUAUGAAUUUAUAGGAUUGAUGGAACCCAUGCAGCAAUCUAGGACCUUGGAAAGGUACAGAAAUAGAAUUGGAUUUUCACAGGCUAUUUCUAAUGUGUCAAACAAGAUAUGGGUAUUCAUUGAUGAGGUGUUUGAAGUCACAGUAAUGUAUAACAUGGUCCGGCAGCUAACUCUAAGGCUUUUUCAUACAGAAUUACAUGUAGAAAUUGUUCUUACAUUAGUAUAUGCUAAGUGUGAUGCCAUUGAGAGAAUAGAACUAUGGAACUCAUUGUAUGCUAUGGCAAGUGACAUGAAUGUGCCAUGGUUGGUAGGAGGUGACUUCAAUGUCAUUUGGGAUGAGGAGGAAAAAUUUGGAGGACUUCCAGUUCACAUAAAUGAAAUUGAUGACUUUAGGCACUGCAUUAACACCUGCAAUCUUUUUGAUCUGGGAUUUAAGGGUAGUAUCUUCACAUGGUGGAAUGGUAGGGCAGAAGAGGAUUGCAUAUUCAAAAGGUUAGAUAGAUGCUUAGCCAAUUCUGAAUUUCAGCAGACUUUCCCAGGCAUAGAAAAGGUAAAACAGGCAUUAUCAGUGUGGAGCAAGAGUACAUUUGGAGAUAUAUUCCAGAAGAUAGCUAGUUUGGAGGAAGUUGUGCUUGUUCAUGAAGCAGAAUUUGAAGCAAAUCCUACAAAGCUAAAUAGACAAAGGCUACAGAAAGUGCAGGCAGAAUUGAUCAAAUUUUAG